CCAUAGCUCGUAUCGCGGUAUUUCUCCAGCUGAGCCAGGCGGGCUGUCCAUCCUGCAUGCAUUGUAGUCCUGUGUCCAAAAGCUGUAUAGCGACAAUAAAAGUUGCAACACAAUAUAUAUCCAGCACCUGCAGGGCUCAGGAUGACAGUCACUACCUCCUCCCCCUCCCAGUUCACAAUCACCUGGGAACUGGCCGUGAAACGAUACGCAGCGGCGGUGGGCAAACAACGACUGGACGAUGCCUCGCUGCCCCGCCCCUCCUCCAUCGCGGAGCUGCUCCAUCGCCUCGACACCCAGAACAGCGACUUUGCGCGAUUCCGCGAAACCAAACAUUCGCUCUUCCACGUCCUCACCAGUCUAUGCGAGCCUAUUGAGCGGUUUGGGUCGCUGGCCGCGGACAUUGCGUCGAGUGCGUUCGCGCCCAGCUGCGUUUGCUUCAGCGCUAUUGCGUAUCUGAUUGAUGCGGCGAAGGAUGUUUCGGCGUCGUACGAUGCGGUGGUGGGGUUGUUUGUGACGUUGAAUGAUUUUCUCGUCCGUCUGGCUGUCUACGACGGCACUCGCAUGUCGGAGGCGUUGCAGGCCAAGGUGGUGGAUAUCCUCGCCACCCUGCUGGAGAUCUUUGGGCAAGCGACCAAGAUAGUCCGUGGGGGCAUUAGUGGCCGCGUGCUGCGGUUUACGAAGAAUGCUCUCCUUGGGUCGGACAAGACGCUCCAGGGCUUGAUUUCCCGGCUGGAUAGGCUCUGUCAGACGGAGCACCAGCUCGUCGGGGCAGAGACCCUGGUUGAGUCGAAGAAGACGAGCCAAGCGGUCGAGAGCCUGGCUGCUGUGCUGAACGGGGCGAGCUUGGUGUUGGACGAUAGCCACGGGAGAUUGACGCAGGCUCAAGCGGAUCUGCAGCGUCUCGCGGAAGGGCAAGAUGAGCUUCGUCAGGAGGUGCAUCGGGAUAUCAGCAGCCUGUUGGGGUCGUUCAUGGGCUCGGGUGCCAGGCGCAGCAGUGACUCCGACCAUCUGAAAUCCAUCCUGCAGCCGUCGGUGGCGCCCUCUGACAUGUACUAUGAUUUCGCGAGAAAGCGGCUGCCCGGGACAGGGGAAUGGAUUCAUUCUGAACCGGGGUUCCGGGCUUGGCUGGAAAGGGAACAGCCCCUGCUGUGGAUUUCUGGGCAGCCUGGCUGUGGGAAGAGCUUUCUGGCUGAGUAUAUCAUUUCGGAGCUGAAACGGCGGUAUCCGCAGGGCGUCGACCAUGAGUCGCAGACGUCGAUCGGGUAUUUCUUUUUCAAGGAUAAUAGCCCCAAGACGAGAGACGUGCAUCAGGCCUUGCGGGAUGUCGCUUAUCAGGUCAGUCUCAAUGAUCCGGUGUAUGCGAGGGAGAUGGCGCUGCAGUGCAGUUCCGCUGGCGAUAUCGGCACGCUUCAGAGUGCGUGGAUGACGCUCUUUCGGGACUAUUUUGUGGGCGGCGAUGAGGGGGGCCCCUGGGUGUAUGUUGUUCUGGAUGGGUUGGACGAGUCGCUGGAGGCGGACCGACAGAUGUUUCUUGAAUUCCUGCUCGAUGUGAAGGGUGAGAGUAGCGUCAAGCCAAGGAUUCAAAUCGUCAUGCUGGGAAGGCCCCAUCUGUCCGGCGAUGUGGUGGAUCUUUUCCACGAGUCGGUCUCAUCGAUCUCGAUUGACCGCUCAAAGAACGAUGACGAUAUCGCGCGUUAUGUCGAGCGCUCGGUCAUGCGGUCGCGGAAUCUCGCGCGUGCCCCCCAGAGCCUGCGCAGGGAGGUCGUCGAGUUUCUGACGAAAAACGCCCAGGGGAUGUUCAUGUGGGUGAACCUGAUGGUGCAGGAACUCGGUCGGCACAACCGCGCAAGCAGCAUCAGGGAGUGCCUGACACGGCCGCCAACGGGUCUGUACGAGACCAUUCGACGCACGCUGGAGAGUCUAAGUGCGUACCUGAAGGGCGACGACCCGACUGAAUUGAAUACGGCCUUGACCUGGGUGACGUGUGCUGCGCGUCCUCUUUCCCUUCAGGAACUCGAAGCCGCCCUGGUGGUGGAAUCCUCCGAGCCAGACGACAUACUCAAUUUGGAAAGCAUGCUCCGGUUGCAGUUUGCCUCGUUUCUGACCCUUGUCCGGGAUGAUGGUCUUACGACUUCUGAUCUAGAGGCUGAGGCGGCUAGCUCUCCGGUUGGAUCGGAUGAUGCGCUCGAUGAGGAUGCGGAUGAUCUGCGGCUUGAGGGCGAUUUCAAUUCGAAUCCGAAAACGACGGAGGUUGUGUUCUGCCAUGCAUCGAUUGGCGAUUUCUUCCGAGAUGAAAACGAGAGCAAGUGCUCUGCUGGGGAAGCCUGUUUCCCGAUUGGUGUGGAUAUCGUGGAGGCCAGGAUCUCGACGUUGAAGAUAUGUCUGCAAUUGAUGUGCAACCCCUCGAAAGGUCCAAAUAUUCGCAAAUAUGCGCUGAUCUGGUGGUAUAGCCACGUGGAAGCCGCCGUUCCCCAUCUUGAUCGAAUCAGCCCGGCGGACCGGCUGGAAAUUGGGCGUCUCAUACUUCAAUCACUCCGCGACGAAAGGAUUCUGGCUGCCUGGAUUUCUCUCCGGGAAGCUGAUUCUUUCUGGAGCUUAGAGACAAUGCGUCCCAUUGUUAAAUUGCUGGACGAUGGACCGUUCCUGGAUGCUUUAGACGUGGAGACGCGCGACUGGGUGCUGGCUGCUAUCGAAAAGCCUCAGCAGCUGUUCAUCCCUGCCGCGAACCUCUUCGCAAAAAGAUGGCUGCAGGACAUGGAUUGGAGGCCUCGCGUCUGCAUGCUGAUCAUAAAUCGCAUCAGGGGCCUUUUAGAUGGCACGGGCGAAGGGACGGACGAAAGCCCGUCUGCCUCCGAUGUGCUCGAUUCUGCGGAAUGGGCAGAGCUCCCAAAGACGGCGGAGUGGCAUCGCCGAGUCGCUAUGUGCCUUCGGCGACUGUCCUUCUUCGAAGAGGCCAAGGCUCAUUUCCAAGCUGCGCUGGAGGUGGACAGCGAGAUGUGGCUUGCUCGGAGCGGUCUGGCGUACAUGUAUAGCCUCAGCGGAGACCAUGAGAAGUCUCUAGAUCUCUAUAGAGAGAACGGAGAAGUGGUGGAGGCUGCUCUGGAGAAUGUCGAAAUCCGCGACAAGCUCUCUCAUAGUGUCAGUGCCAUGGACCUUGCAGACAUCUACAAGGACGUCGGCCAGGAAGCCGUCGCUCUCGGCGACAACGACACCGCGAUGGUCUACUUCGAGAAAGCCCUUGCCCUGGACGCGCAGUGCGAGUGCUCGACCACGUACAUCGAGAUCCUCGGGGCGAGAGACACUCCGGAAGACAACGAGAAAAUCAUGCAAUACCUGCACGGGCUCGAAAAGAGCCCCAUGUCAAGCGGCCAUACCCGGCUCACCGAAUGGCUCACCCAGCGCUCUGACGCGGCGUAUACCGGCCGCCUAUACAUGUCCAUUGCCUGGGCCGCGCGGUCAACGCAUCAACUCGAAUGGCUCGAAAGCACAUACACCACCGCCAUCAGCCUGGCCAAACGCCAGCGCGACUCCGCCCUCGCCUUCGCCCUCCAAGUCACCCUCGCCGACCUCUUCAUCAGCUACGACACCAACAAAGAAGCGCUCGCCGUCUCGAUCUGGCAAAUGGUCAUGGACUUUCCCGCGACCUUCAUGCAAGGGAACACCUUCAUGCUCUACCUCCAAACCCUGGUCAGCCGCAGCUACGGCAGCUACCUCCUCGCCAAAGCCCUGCACAGUGACCCGUCCCCUCCCACCCCUACUGAAGCCAACCCCUACAUCCUCACCCUCCAACGCAUCGCCCAGCGCCGUGUCCUCCACCUCGACCACGUCUCCUCCUGGGCCGCCAACAACUUCGCCACCGCCCUCCUGGGCGUCUGGUACCACCGCACCAACCAGCCCGGGCUCGCCCGCGCAUGCUGUCUCCCGUUCGCGAAACAGUUCGUCGCCCACUCCGAUGACAGUCGCCUCGCCAGCUACCUCGCCUACUACGCCUUCGCCAAGAUCCUUCUUCUCCUGAGCGAUGAGUCCCGCGCGAUUGCCCUGUUGCAUGGUGCCGGGCAGGUGGAGGGGGUGGCGUGGACGUGUGAAGCGCGCUGUGGGCUGCAGCCGAAGACGUGGACGGGGGCGAACAUCUGUCUCGAUUGCGCGGCUGAUCUGUGUGAUGGGUGUUUGGGGGGGGUGAGGGAUGAGGGGCCGUUGAAGGCGAAUAUUUGUAGUAAGGAGCAUUCGUGGGUGAAGAUUCCGGGGGUUGAUGAGGGUGUGGUAGUGGAGGAGGGGGAGUUGUUUGUAGAUGGGGUGGUGGUUAGCUCGGGGGCGUUUAUAGCGGGGAUUCGGACGGAGUGGGGGCUUAGUUAG